GUCGUUUUCGCCACCUGUUGUAGGUUGUUUGCUUAAAAAAGGUUUACAAAGGGGGGUCACGGGCACCCCAGGACCCACCCUAGCUUAAUGCCCUUGCCAUUUGUAAUUUAGAAAUCAUUUCCAUUAUCCUUGUUGACUAAAUUUAAUUGUGCAUUUCAAUUUCAAUGAAAUAUAUUAAUAUAUAGCAAUAAUUUAUAAACUUCUUUAAAACUGUGGUAACUUUUCACUUCUAAGUUCUAGUCAUUACAUUUUAUCCCUUUCUCUGUCUUUCUGUGUGAGGCGACCUGUGCAGUUUACAAGGCUCUUAACAAUUGGCCUAACAAAACAAAACAAAACAAACAAAAACGACAAAGAACACAAACAGAUAAAUAUUCCCCUAGCCCUGAGAGCAAUUAAAAGAGGUGCAAAUUAUCAAAAUAGCUGAGGUUUUGAAGAAUAUCAAUUAAUUACAUCUAAGAAAGAAAGAUUUUUUUUAUAAAUUUUUAUUAACCUGCCUGAUCAAGUUAAGGGAUUGCACAGAUAAUUUCAAGUAGUAAUUAUUGUGAAAAGGGAUUGCUGUGACUGGGAAACCUAGUCCAUAGUUGUCACAUCACGGGUUUGAUCAUCAGCCAAUGCAAUCGAAUGUACUGUAAGUACAUGAUUAUUCUAAUUUUAAGACAGAUUUUGUUACAAAUUUUGUGCAAAACCCACCUCCCUAUAUUAAAAAAAAAAGAUGAGACAUUAUAACAAGCUAACUUGGCCUCAGAAUGUCUGAAAUUCAUUUCCAAGGACCUCAAUUUUAAACAUUUUCUGGGAGAGGAUGCCCCCACCCACCCCUACAGGGAAGCACAGUCCAUAUCUUGAACCCCCAUCUCUAAAAUCCUGUACCCAACCCAGUAGUCUUUUAUAGUCAAAGCUUGUAAAAAAAACGUAAUUUACAAUAAAUUAAAUUCACUGACCUCUGAGGUUUAUCUUUCUUUGCUGGUCUGAAGGCUGUUACAUGUGUAAAAUGAAGGUUGCAAAUAUUCAAAUUAGUGCCCAUUCAUUCUCGAAACAUGGCUCUUUUUUAAGGCUUUUUUAAAAAAUGCUUUUAGCAUUUGGUAUUACUUUUAAUCUGCCUCGCUUGUGGUAUCCUCCCCAACCGUUUUGGGGGCUAUCACGCAACGCUCCCCCCAAGAGAAGGGGGAAGCGUUGCGUGACAUCACCAAAAACGGCUGCGGACAUCUCUAGGCAAAACAAAAGCAAUUGCUUUAGUUAUUCAAUCUGCUCCUGGGUGAUUGUUUCCGAAUAUUCCUAAUAAGAAAACAUAUCGAACAUGAUAAAACUAGCGACAAAAUCGUUCUAAACGAAAACUUCCGGUAUGAGGCGCCAGCGUUAACAUCCGCUGCUUACUAGGAUUCAAUUUCCACUCGUGCGUCAAUCAUGCGGAAACCGGAAAACAGAAAACAUGGCGAGCGGUGAGGCAGAUAUUCUGAAACAAAAGGCAGAAGAAGCGAUUGACAUCUAUUCUCCUGAGUUGUAUGAUCUAAACAAAAGCAUAUGGGAAAACCCAGAGCUAGCUUUUAAGGAGUUCUACGCUCAUGAUCGACUGACGGAGUUUUUAGCCGAGCGAGGUUUCGACGUGACGCCCCAUUACACUUUGGAUACAGCGUUCCGUGCUGAAUGCGGUGAAGAUGGAGGUCUAACAAUUGGUCUGAUUAGUGAAUAUGACGCUUUACCAGAAGUAGGACAUGCUUGUGGACAUAAUCUGAUCGCUGAAUCAGGUGUAGCGGCGGCAUUAGGUCUCAAGAUUGCAUUAGAAGCAGUCAAUCAGAAACCAAAAGUCAAAAUAGUUCUUCUUGGAACUCCCGCUGAGGAAGAACGAGGAGGCAAGAUUCUGAUGAUCAACAAUUGGUGCUUCAAAGACAUUGACUUCUGCAUGAUGGUUCAUCCUUGCCCUGCAGAUGUACUUAAGCCAGUUAUUUUUGCUCGUGAGAAUGUGGUAGUUACCUACAAAGGUCAUGCAGCCCACGCUGCAGCAUUCCCUUGGGAAGGAAUCAAUGCACUUGAUGCAGCAGUCAUGGCAUACAACAACAUAAGUGUGUUACGACAGCAGAUGAAGCCAACAUGGCGUGUCCAUGCCAUUAUCACUGAGGGGGGUGUUAAGCCUAACAUCAUUCCUGAUCGCACGCAGCUUAAAUGUUCGGUCAGGACUGUGACUGACCAGGAACUUGAAGUGUUGAAGGAAAAGGUCUCAAAGUGUUUUGAAGCCGCAGCCUUGGCCAGUGGCUGCAAAGUUGCCAUGGAGUGGAUGGCUUCCAGUAAAUAUUCACAUUUAGACUCCAACAACACCCUUGCUCAACUCUACCAAGCAAAUGCAGAAACUCUCGGGAUAACAUUUCCUCCUGAAGCAAGUUUUUCCGCCUCAACUGACAUGGGAAAUGUUUCUCAUGUAGUUCCAUCAAUACAUCCCAUGUAUUCCAUUGGCACCACAGCUCCCAAUCACUCUCAUGCAUUCACAACAGCAGCAAUCACAGAACUUGCUCAUGAGAAAACGUUGAUUGCAAGCAAAGCAAUGGCCAUGACAGCAAUCGAUGUGCUGUGUAAUAAAGAUCUAAUUGACAAAGUGCGGAAUGACUUCACAAACUCACCCAAGUAACGAUGCAAAUUGUUAAAUAGUAUAGGAAACGCCAGCCUGAGGAAAGUGCUUUUCCGAGUUCUCCUGAACUCUGGCCAUAGUGUUUCUAUAAUCUGAAUACUGUUGCUUUUUGUUAUUACUUUAAUUUUAUUUUCAUUUAUAUAUAUAUUUUUUUAAUAUUGCAAGAAAA